CGGCGGGACCAUGAAGCGGCAGAACGUGCGGACCCUGGCCCUGAUCACCUGCACCUUCACCUACCUGCUGGUGGGCGCCGCCGUCUUCGACGCCCUGGAGUCCGAGGAGGAGACGGCCGAGCGGCAGAAGCUGGAGCAGAAGCAGACGGAGCUGAGGAGCAAGUACAACCUCUCCGAGGACAACUACUACGAGCUCGAAGGGGUGGUCCUCCAGCUCAAGCCCCACAAGGCCGGCGUCCAGUGGAAGUUCGCCGGCUCCUUCUACUUCGCCAUCACCGUCAUCACCACCAUAGGGUACGGCCAUGCAGCCCCCAGCACAGAUGGUGGGAAAGUCUUCUGUAUGUUCUAUGCCCUGCUGGGAAUCCCCCUUACCCUGGUAAUGUUCCAGAGCUUGGGUGAGAGGAUCAACACUUUUGUGAGAAACCUCCUCCACCGUAUCAAGAAGUGCCUUGGCAUGAGGCGGCCGGAAGUGUCCAUGGCCAACAUGGUCACCAUUGGGUUCUUCUCCUGCAUUAGCACCCUUUGCAUUGGAGCAGCAGCGUUCUCCUACUACGAGCGAUGGACCUUCUUCCAGGCCUACUAUUACUGCUUUAUCACCCUCACCACCAUUGGCUUUGGGGACUAUGUGGCCCUUCAGAAGGAGCAUGCCCUGCAGAACAAGCCCCAAUAUGUGGCCUUCAGCUUUAUGUACAUCUUAACUGGGCUGACCGUCAUUGGGGCCUUCCUCAACUUGGUGGUGCUCCGCUUCAUGACUAUGAACGCUGAGGAUGAGAAGCGGGAUGCCGAGCACCGGGCCCUGCUCAAUCGCAAUGGGCAGGCUAGCAGCGUGCACACCACAGACACAACGGCUUCCUCGACCACCGCCAUGCUUGGGGGUGGGGUGGGAGGGGGAAGCGGUGGUGGCCGAGGGGGGUUCCGAAAUGUCUAUGCUGAGGUUCUCCACUUCCAGUCCAUGUGCUCCUGCCUCUGGUACAAGAGCCGGGAGAAGUUGCAGUACUCUAUCCCUAUGAUCAUCCCCAGAGACCUCUCCACCUCGGACACGUGCAUGGAACAGAGCCAUUCCUCACCCGGCCACUAUCCUGAGACGCCGUCCAACAGAUGCUUCUGCAAUGCCCAGCGUUCAGCCAUCAGCUCUGUUUCUACAGGACUUCAUAGCUUGUCGGCUUUCCAAGGACUUAUGAAGCGCCGCAGCUCUGUGUGAAAUCAAGGACAACUCUUUAAAGACAAUCCUUAACUACAGAGCAAGGAAGGAAACUAGUGGAGAAAGACAAAUUGAAAAAAUACUGGCAGAGGGAAAAGGUGACAACCAAACCUAGACUUUAUACUGAUACUAUCAUUACAGG